AUGGAAGAAGAAAACAAUUGUGGGAAACCUUUGGAAGAGAGGAGAGGGGUGAGCCAAUGACUUUACAUUUUGAUGUUGUUAUGUUGUAUACUUUGAUGUUGGAUUUUUUUUUAAAACAACCUCAGUUGUGCUUAGCACAUGGAUACUAUGUUACUAAAUAGGAAACAUAACUACAGCAUGAAAAAUGUUAGCAAUAAGGUAGGAAAUGUGUGGUUAUUUGCAGAUUAUUGUGAUAAUUCCUACAGUAUGUUCUCCUUUUAUGUGACAGAAGCUGACUGUGGUCCUGGCCUUGGCUACCCUUAUAUCUGCCUUUGGAUCAUCCUUCCAGUAUGGGUACAAUGUGGCUGUGGUCAACUCUCCAUCUCUGGUAGUUUAAACCACACUGAAUUUAUCUUAAGUAAACAAUGACAUAAUACAUUCAUUUCAAUACCCAAUCUAUUCACCUGAAUAAACUGAAACUGAAACUUCACCGUCUGAAAGUGUUCACAUUUCUAUCUAUUGUCUUUGGGCUUAAUUAAAUUGAAUUGUUGUAUUCACACAGAAUCUAUUUUUCCCACUGUCAUAUAAGUCAUGGGUGGCUUUACAUUCCAGCCAUUUUGACCAGGUCUCCCUUGUAAAAUAGGUAUUUUGACCUUAAUGGGUCUUCCUGGAUAAAAAAAAAAGUUUAAAAUAAAAUAAGAAUCUGUCUUUGUCCAGUUGAUGCAGCAGUUCUACAACACCACCUACUUGGAGCGUUAUGGCCGACCCAUGGAGGAUAGCUUCCUAACCCUCCUGUGGUCCCUGUCUGUCUCCAUGUAUCCCCUGGGAGGUUUCUUUGGCUCACUGAUGGUGGCCCCGCUCGUCAACAAACUAGGAAGGUAAUGACUGGUUACUAAAGGUGUAUAAAUUGUCUAUAAACCAAUAAGUAUCAGUUUAUAAACCAAAAUACAACUGGAAUAUGCUUGUAAAUGAUCAAUUGAAAUCUAGGGAAAAAAAGACAUACUAUAGCUAGCUUUGAUCAUCAUGAAAUAUAUUGUUGUUUAUCUCCAAUUAAUAAUUGUUUGACAGGAAAGGCACCCUCCUCUUCAACAACAUCUUCUCCAUUGUUCCUGCUGUGAUGAUGGGAGUGAGCGAGAUCGCUAAGUCAUACGAGAUCAUCAUCGUGGCUAGGGUUAUGGUGGGGAUCUGCGCAGGUCAGGAAAACCCAAUUUUGAUCCCAUUUAAUGGACAGAGAAGUUUGUAUAUCUUAUCUCAUUUAAUAUUUUCUUAUUAAACUUGAUUAAUGACCCUAUUUAUUUAGCAAUCAGAUUUACAAUCGAAAUGUCUGUGGCCUGAUGCCUUCUCUGCCGUCGCCCUUCCUCUAGGCCUUUCAUCCAACGUGGUGCCCAUGUACCUGGGUGAACUGUCUCCUAAGAACCUGAGAGGAGCGAUCGGCGUCGUUGCCUCAGCUCUUCAUCACCAUCGGGAUCCUCAGCGCACAGGUGUUAGGCAUCAGGAGCAUUCUGGGAAACAACACAGGUAGGGCAGCCACGAGCAGAGGUUCACGAAAUGUUCUGGUACACAACCCCACACUGAUAUCAGGGAAUUCUGGGGGGACCGCAACUAAUUGAAAAGUCACGUUUUUUAAUGUCACACAGGCCUACCCAACACCAUCCAACCCAACCCCAAGUUUGGGAACCGCCGGCCUAGAGGUUAGAGAGGUUGACCUGUGGCCGGAGAGUUUGUGGCUGACUGACCGUGCUCCUCUCAAUAAUAUGUGUGUGUGUGAUGUCCUCUCCCCAGGCUGGCCUCUCAUGCUGGGUCUAACAGGUAUCCCUGCCCUGAUAGAGCUGUUGCUGCUGCCGUUCUUCCCAGAGAGCCCCAGGUACAUGCUGAUCCAGAGAGGAGACGACAAGACCGCCCGGAGAGGUAACACACGGCCAUUUUAUUAAUUUUCAGACCUGUGCCAUUUUCACACACAAAGAGAGGCCGAGAGAGAGAGAGAGAGGCCGAGAGAGAGGAGAGAGAGAGGAGCGAGAGCGAGAGAGAGAGGAGUAGAGAGCGAGAGAGAAGAGAGAGAGGAGAGAGAGAGAGAGAAGAGAGAGAGAGAGAGAGAGGAAGAGAGAGAGGAGAGAGAGAGAGAUGAGAGCCAGAGAGAGAGAGAGAGAGAGGAUGACCCCAGGAGAUGAGAUGAGAGGACAGCACAAUGCGGUAUGGUAGCUUUGGGGCCAGUUUCCCCAAAAUUUGUGGCUGGAUUCGAAUCCCCUUAGUCGACUAGGUGAAAAACUCUGGCAAAUGGUUGGCCCUUUGAGCAAGGCAACUUCAUCUGAGAUAUAUGGGGGGGGGGGGGGGGGUAGAUAGAUAAAUAAUGCUUGGUUGGGGUUGGUUGGUUGACUGACUGAUUGAUGAGGAGGUUGUGCGUUCCUCUCCCUCAGCACUGCAGCGUCUGCGAGGCUGGGAGGAUGUGGACGAAGAGCUGGAUGAGAUGAGGCUGGAGCACCAAUCAGAACAAGCCGAGGGCCGUCUGUCUGUCCUCAACCUCCUGUCCCUGCGCUCCCUGCGCUGGCAGCUCGUCUCCAUCGUAGCCAUGAACAUGGGUCAACAGCUGUCUGGGGUCAACGCGGUAAGGCAUUGCGUAUGAGGCCAGAAGACCUGAGCUAAUGGCUAGGCUUUAGAUCAGCGGGCUAACACAGUCCAAUGUGUGUGAACACGAGCAGCUGUCUGGGGUCAAUGAGGUAAGGUGUAACCAUAGUGAUGUAUAGAGAACUCUAGUGGCCAAAAGCCUGUUUUAGCAUGGGCACUGCCAUUGAUGACUUUCACCAUUUUUAAGUAGUCAACUGGGUGGGUCUUCCUAUGGGUUAAAGAUCACAUGAUGCCAUCCAGGUCAUCAGGAGGGAUCAGCCAAUUAAUUAUACCUGUGAGAAAACAUUCCCUAACUGCAGGUGGCAGUAAAUCGCCAACCUUGGCUUUAUACCUGUUCAAACGACACACUAUAGGUGGCAGUAUGCUUCCUUUCAGUUUGUUUACCAACUUAUAGAAGUAGAAGAAGAAAAUUAACUACUUCAAAAUGGAGAUGGCCUCAACGGCGCUACCUGUGCUCACAGAUGCCUUAAUGGGAUAGAUACAACGGUUGCAAUCUCUAUACAUCUCUAUAGGUGUAACCGACCGGAAUUCGAACCUAGGCGUCCUGCGUACCACAAGACAGUGUUAUCCCGCAGAGCUAAAGCCAAGGCAAUAUAGCAAGUCUUCAGGUCUCAGACAAGUUUAUUCCUCACACAAGCUUGGUCCCCUGAACCAACCAACUAAUGUUGAUUCUACACUGAAUUACAUGGAUUGGAUGGCCCUGUAGUGGGAGAAAUCAUUAUUUUGACUAGGGUUGCAAAAUUCUGGUAACUUUCCCAAAAUUCACAGGUUUUCUAGAAAUCCUGGAUGGAAGAUUCCCUGAAUUGGGAGGGAAUAAGCCAGGAAUCCGGAAAAAAUCCAACCAGGAUUUCUGGAAAACCUGGGAAUUUUGCAACCCUAAUUAUGGCAUUAAAUUAUCCUUAUCUGAAGCUAGACCCUAUCUUUCCUCUCCUCAGAUCUACUACUAUGCUGACAGUAUCUACAGCUCAGCGGGAGUCAAGGAGAGUGACAUCCAGUACGUCACAGUCGGAACUGGGGCUGUCAACGUCUUCAUGACCAUCACUGCGGUACGAAGUACCCUCUCUCCGGUCUUCCAACACUGUACUGAAGGGCUCAGUUCAAUUGAACACACAUUUUAAGGACUGUAGAAACAAAGGUCUGGGUUUAUACAGCCAGCUCAAUUCUGAUAUUUUCCCCAAUUAUUGGCAAAAGAGCUGAUCUGAUUGGCCAAAAGACGAAUUAGUGGGAAAAUAUCAGAAUUGGGCUGCCUACGUAACGCAGCCAUAGUCUCACAAGUAAAUGCUUCCAGUUUUCAGGAGUCACCUUUGACCUUUCCUUCAUGUUUGUGACUGUGAUACAACAGGUCUUCAUUGUGGAGGCCACAGGCAGGAGGCUGCUCCUCCUCGUUGGGUUUGGGAUCUGCUGUGUGUCCUGUGCUCUCCUCACUGUGACCCUAACCUUCCAGGUAAGCUACACUGUAACCAAAUCACACCCUUUUCCCUUCAUAGUGCCCUACUUUGGACCAAAGCCGUUGGGUCUGGUCCAAAGUAGUGCACACUCUGAUCAAAGGUAGUGCGCUAGGCUUAUAUAGUAAAUAUGGUGUCGUUAGAGACACACUACAAAAGCUGCAACUCCCAUAACACCAGCCAAACACUACAAGCUAGAACAACUCCCAUCAUUUUUUACAUUUUAGUCAUUUAGCAGACACUCUUAUCCAGAGCGACUUACAGGAGCAAUUAGGGUUAAGUGCCUUGCUUAAGGGCACAUCGACAGAUUUUUCACCUAGUCGGCUCGGGGAUUAGAACCAGCGACCUUUCGGUUACUGGCACAACGCUCUUACCCACUAAGCUACCAUAACACCAGCCAAACACUACAAGCUAGAACAACUCCCAUAACACCAGCCAAACACUACAAGCUAGAACUCCAACUCCCAUAACACCAGCCAAACACUACAAGCUAGAACUCCAACGCCCAUAACACCAGCCAAACGCUACAAGCUAGAACUCCAACUCCCAUAACACCAGCCAAACGCUACAAGCUAGAACUCCAACUCCCAUAACACCAGCCAAACGCUACAAGCUAGAACUCCAACUCCCAUAACACCAGCCAAACACUACAAGCUAGAACUCCAACUCCCAUAACACCAGCCAAACGCUACAAGCUAGAACUCCAACUCCCAUAACAACAGCCAAACACUACAAGCUAGAACUCCAACUCCCAUAACACCAGCCAAACGCUACAAGCUAGAACUCCAACUCCCAUAACACCAGCCAAACACUACAAGCUAGAACUCCAACUCCCAUAACACCAGCCAAACACUACAAGCUAGAACUCCAACUCCCAUAACACCAGCCAAACACUACAAGCUAGAACUCCAACUCCCAUAACACCAGCCAAACACUACAAGCUAGAACUCCAACUCCCAUAACACCAGCGAAACACUACAAGCUAGAACUCCAACGCCCAUAACACCAGCCAAACACUACAAGCUAGAACUCCAACUCCCAUAACACCAGCCAAACACUACAAGCUAGAACUCCAACUCCCAUAACACCAGCCAAACACUACAAGCUAGAACUCCAACUCAAUAUCCCCUAAAGCCUUUAGUGUGAAUGUUUUAUUGCACCUGCAGUGAAUAGUCUCAUAAAUCAGGUAUCCAUCAGUUGGCACAGGACCAGACUGAGCUGAGAGCAUGUUAUGUGAAUUAUUUAGCAAACUAUUUCAGUGUCUCUGUGCGUCUCCCAAAAGGUUGUAAGUCUUUUGGAUUUAAGAAACGGACAGAGUCCCAGUCUGCAUAGUCAGAGAUUUAUUCAUUGAGAAUUCUGCCACAAAAUGGUCGUACAAUAUUUUUAUAUACGCACACGUCAUAUGAAAAUCCCUCCCCUCUGUAGGCAGGCUGUAGUUUUCCACUUUAUAAUUGCUCUGUAUUUAAAUGUACAUUUACGUCAUUUAGCAGACGCUCUUAUCCAGAGCGACUUACAAAUUGGUGCAUUCACCUUAUAGCCAGUGGGAUAACCACUUUACAAUAUGUUAUUUUUUUAAUUUAUUUUUUUGGGGGGGGGUAAGGGGGUAGAAGGAUUACUUUAUCCUAUCCCAGGUAUACCUUAAAGAGGUGGGGUUUCAAGUGUCUCCGGAAGGUGGUGAGUGACUCCACUGUCCUGGCGUCGUGAGGGAGCUUGUUCCACCAUUGGGGUGCCAGAGCAGCGAACAGUUUUGACUGGGCUGAGCGGGAACUGUGCUUCCGCAGAGGUAGGGGGGCCAGCAGGCCAGAGGUGGAUGAACGCAAUGCCCUCGUUUGGGUGUAGGGACUGAUCAGAGCCUGAAUGUACGGAGGUGCCGUUCCCCUCACAGCUCCGUAGGCAAGCACCAUGGUCUUGUAGCAGAUGCGAGCUUCAACUGGAAGCCAGUGGAGGGUGCGGAGGAGCGGGGUGACGUGAGAGAACUUGGGAAGGUUGAACACCAGACGGGCUGCGGCAUUCUGGAUGAGUUGUAGGGGUUUAAUGGCACAGGCAGGGAGCCCAGUCAACAGUGAGUUGCAGUAAUCCAGACGGGAGAUGACAAGUGCCUGGAUUAGGACCUGUGCCACUUCCUGUGUAAGGCAGGGUCGUACUCUCCGAAUGUUGUAGAGCAUGAACCUACAGGAUCGGGGCACCGCCUUGAUGUUAGCGGAGAACGACAGGGUGUUGUCCUGGGUCACGCCAAGGCUUUUUGCACUCUGGGAGGAGGACACAACGGAGUUGUCAACCGUGAUGGCAGGAUCAUGGAACGGGCAGUCCUUCCCCGGGAGGAAGAGCAGCUCCGUCUUGCCGAGGUUCAGCUUGAGGUGGUGAUCCGUCAUCCACACUGAUAUGUCUGCCAGACAUGCAGAGAUGCGAUUCGCCACCUGGUUAUCAGAAGGGGGAAAGGAGAAGAUUAGUUGUGUGUCGUCUGCGUAGCAAUGAUAGGAGAGGCCAUGUGAGGAUAUGACAGAGCCAAGUGACUUGGUGUAUAGCGAGAAUAGGAGAGGGCCUAGAACUGAGCCCUGGGGGACACCAGUGGUGAGAGCACGUGGUGCGGAGACAGAUUCUCGCCACGCCACUUGGUAGGAGCGACUUGUCAGGUAGGACGCAAUCCAAGAGUGAGCCGCUGUUAAGUGAAUUAUUUAACAAACUAUUUUAGUGUCUCUGUGCGUCUCCCAAAAGGUUGUAAGUCUUUUGGGAUUUAAGUAACGGCCAGAGUCCCGGUCUGCAUAGUCAGAGAUAUUUAUUCAUUGAGAAUUCUGCCAUCACAAUUUCAGAGUCCAUCUUUUAUACUCAUACGUCAUACAAAAAUAAAUCCCUUCCCUCUGUAGGCAGGCUGUAGUUUUCCACUCUAAAACUGCUCUACUGACCUUCUGUUCACACACACACACACACAUAUACACACAUGCAUACACACAUACAUACACACACACACACACACAUAUCCUACUCCCUGCUUUACUCAGUUAUUGCCGUUCUAAAAAUAUUUUGCACCAUGUUUUCAUAACAGUUUCUCCCCUCCCUAAAUUGGGAGGCCUCUUUAUCUUAGUUUCUCAGUUGUCUUUGUUGUCUGGCCUAACUCUUACUCACAUUGCUAAAUAGUGGCUCAAUGCCAUAGCCUUUACUGGUCCUACACUCACACAUUUCUAACACAUUAUACACAGUUUCAGGGUGUAAUAAUUAGUCAUUAAUAAUUAAUCUAUCAGCCGCGCCGGAGAUGCCCAACUCGGAGAGGGUGGAGAGGAGGAUCUGAUGGUUCACAGUAUCAAAGGCAGCAGACAGGUCUAGAAGGACAAGAGCAGAGGAGAGAGAGUUAGCUUUAGCAGUGCGGAGAGCCUCCGUGACACAGAGAAGAGCAGUCUCAGUUGAAUGACCAGUCUUGAAACCUGACUGGUUUGGAUCAAGAAGGUCAUUCUGAGAGAGAUAGCAAGAGAGUUGGCUAAAGACGGCACGCUCUUCUGACCAUCAGUUCACACACACACUUUCUUAUCCUAGCCUACUCCCUGCAUUCCUCAGUUAUCGCCGUUCUCACAAUAUUCUGCACCAUGUUUAACAGUUCUCCUUCUUCUUCGCCGUCCGGUCUAACUCCUACUCACAUUGCUAAAUAGUAACACAAUGUCAUAAUCUUUACUGGUCCUACACUCACACAUUACCAGGUAGUAGAUUCUAACACAUCUCACACAGUUUCGGAGUAUAAUAAUUAGUCACUACUAAGAAAGUACUAAUCACUUAAAACAAGAACAUUUCACAACUAUAUUUAAGGGUGGAACAUUUAGUCAUUACUUUUAACCUGUAUAUAUUUUAAUUUUUAUAUCAGAGCAUGAGACUUGAACCAUGGGAGCAGUGGUGGAGGGGAUAUUCGGGGGAUGGGAUCAGUGGUGGAGGGGAUCUCCUACGGAUGGGAUCAGUGGUGGAGGGGAUCUACUACGGAGGGGAUCUACUACGGAUGGGAUCAGUGGUGGAGGAGAUCUACUGGGAAUGGGAUCAGUGGUGGAGGGGAUCUACUACGGAGGGGAUCUACUACGGAUGGGAUCAGUGGUGGAGGAGAUCUACUGGGAAUGGGAUCAGUGGUGGAGGGGAUCUACUGGGAAUGGGAUCAGUGGUGGAGGGGAUCUACUGGGGAUGGGAUCAGUGGUGGAGGGGAUCUACUGGGGAUGGGAUCAGUGGUGGCAGGGAUCUACUAGGGAUGGGAUCAGUGGUGGAGGGGAUCUACUGGGGAUGGGAUCAGUGGUGGAGGGGAUCUACUGGGGAUGGGAUCCGUGGUGGCAAGGAUCUACUGGGGAUGGGAUCAGUGGUGGCAAGGAGAGAGGAAGCGAGAGGGGGGGAGAGACAGAUAGAGAAAGAGGAAGUGAACAGCUGUAAACACAGCUGGUUUACGAUAACAGCCCCAGUUGUGUUAAUAUACAGGAAAGUGUGGAGUGGAUGUCCAAUGUCAGCAUCGCCUGUGUCAUCGUCUAUGUUAUCGGACACGCCAUCGGACCAAGUAAGUCAACCUCAUCUGUGGUCAGACACUGUAAUAGUUUGAAUAUUCCAAUGCCUUUUUAAGUCGCCACAUGAAGCAUAAUAACGUGUCAAAAACAUUGGUUUUGGUGCAUAUAGAAUACAUCCCCUAUACACUGUAGCAUUAGUCAUAGACCACAUGUCUGUUCCUAUAAGUCCUAUUCCCAGUGACUACAGAGAUGAUGUUGAUGCUAUAACAUAGACCUCUCACUAGUCUAACAUAGACCUCUCACUAGUCUCUAACGUAGACCUCUCACUAGUCUCUAACGUAGACCUCUCACUAGUCUCUAACGUAGACCUCUCACUAGUCUCUAACGUAGACCUCUCACAAGUCUAACAUAGACCUCUCACUAGUCUAAUGUAGACCUCUCACUAGUCUAACGUAGACCUCUCACUAGUCUCUAACGUAGACCUCUCACUAGUCUCUAACGUAGACCUCUCACUAGUCUCUAACGUAGACCUCUCACUAGUCUCUAACGUAGACCUCUCACAAGUCUAACAUAGACCUCUCACUAGUCUAAUGUAGACCUCUCACUAGUCUAACAUAGACCUCUCACUAGUCUCUAACGUAGACCUCUCACUAGUCUCUAACGUAGACCUCUCACUAGUCUCUAACGUAGACCUCUCACUAGUCUAACAUAGACCUCUCACUAGUCUCUAACGUAGACCUGUCACUAGUCUAACAUAGACCUCUCACUAGUCUAAUGUAGACCUCUCACUAGUCUCUAACGUAGACCUCUCACUAGUCUCUAACGUAGACCUCUCACUAGUCUCUAACGUAGACCUCUCACUAGUCUCUAACAUAGACCUCUCACUAGUCUAACAUAGACCUCUCACUAGUCUCUAACGUAGACCUCUCAUUAGUCUCUAACGUAGACCUCUCACUAGUCUCUAACGUAGACCUCUCACUAGUCUCUAACGUAGACCUCUUACUAGUCUCUAACGUAGACCUCUCACAAGUCUAACAUAGACCUCUCACUAGUCUAACAUAGACCUCUCACUAGUCUAAAAUAGACCUCUCACUAGUCUCUAACGUAGACCUCUCACUAGUCUCUAACGUAGACCUCUCACUAGUCUCUAACAUAGACCUCUCACUAGUCUAACAUAGACCUCUCACUAGUCUAACAUAGACCUCUCACUAGUCUCUAACGUAGACCUCUCACUAGUCUCUAACAUAGACCUCUCACUAGUCUACAUAGACCUCUCACUAGUCUAACAUAGACCUCUCACUAGUCUAACAUAGACCUCUCACUAGUCUCUAAUGUAGACCUCUCACUAGUAUCUAAUGUAGACCUCUCACUAGUCUAACAUAGACCUCUCACUCAUCUCUAACGUAGACCUCUCACAAGUCUAACAUAGACCUCUCACUAGUCUAAUGUAGACCUCUCACUAGUCUAACAUAGACCUCUCACUAGUCUCUAACGUAGACCUCUCACUAGUCUCUAACGUAGACCUCUCACUAGUCUCUAACGUAGACCUCUCACUAGUCUAACAUAGACCUCUCACUAGUCUCUAACGUAGACCUCUCACUAGUCUCUAACAUAGACCUCUCACUAGUCUAACAUAGACCUCUCACUAGUCUAACAUAGACCUCUCACUAGUCUAACAUAGACCUCUCACUAGUCUCUAAUGUAGACCUCUCACUAGUAUCUAAUGUAGACCUCUCACUAGUCUAACAUAGACCUCUCACUCAUCUCUAACGUAGACCUCUCACUAGUCUAACAUAGACCUCUCACUAGUCUAACAUAGACCUCUCACUAGUCUCUAACGUAGACCUCUCACUAGUCUCUAACGUAGACCUCUCACUAGUCUAACAUAGACCUCUCACUAGUCUCUAACGUAGACCUCUCACUAGUCUCUAACAUAGACCUCUCACUAGUCUAACAUAGACCUCUCACUAGUCUAACAUAGACCUCUCACUAGUCUAACAUAGACCUCUCACUAGUCUCUAACAUAGACCUCUCACUAGUCUAACAUAGACCUCUCACUAGUCUCUAACAUAGACCUCUCACUAGUCUAACAUAGACCUCUCACUAGUCUAACAUAGACCUCUCACUAGUCUAACAUAGACCUCUCACUAGUCUCUAAUGUAGACCUCUCACUAGUAUCUAAUGUAGACCUCUCACUAGUCUAACAUAGACCUCUCACUCAUCUCUAACGUAGACCUCUCACUAGUCUCUAACGUAGACCUCUCACUAGUAUCUAACGUAGGCCUCUCACUAGUCUCUAACACAGACCUCUCACUAGUCUCUAACGUAGGCCUCUCACUAGUCUCUAACACAGACCUCUCACUAGUCUCUAACGUAGACCUGUCACUAGUCUAACAUAGACCUCUCACUAGUCUAAUGUAGACCUCUCACUAGUCUAACAUAGACCUCUCACUAGUCUCUAACGUAGACCUCUCACUAGUCUCUAACGUAGACCUCUCACUAGUCUCUAACAUAGACCUCUCACUAGUCUAACAUAGACCUCUCACUAGUCUCUAACGUAGACCUCUCACUAGUCUCUAACAUAGACCUCUCACUAGUCUAACAUAGACCUCUCACUAGUCUAACAUAGACCUCUCACUAGUCUAACAUAGACCUCUCACUAGUCUCUAAUGUAGACCUCUCACUAGUAUCUAAUGUAGACCUCUCACUAGUCUAACAUAGACCUCUCACUCAUCUCUAACGUAGACCUCUCACAAGUCUAACAUAGACCUCUCACUAGUCUAAUGUAGACCUCUCACUAGUCUAACAUAGACCUCUCACUAGUCUCUAACGUAGACCUCUCACUAGUCUCUAACGUAGACCUCUCACUAGUCUCUAACGUAGACCUCUCACUAGUCUAACAUAGACCUCUCACUAGUCUCUAACGUAGACCUCUCACUAGUCUCUAACAUAGACCUCUCACUAGUCUAACAUAGACCUCUCACUAGUCUAACAUAGACCUCUCACUAGUCUAACAUAGACCUCUCACUAGUCUCUAAUGUAGACCUCUCACUAGUAUCUAAUGUAGACCUCUCACUAGUCUAACAUAGACCUCUCACUCAUCUCUAACGUAGACCUCUCACUAGUCUAACAUAGACCUCUCACUAGUCUAACAUAGACCUCUCACUAGUCUCUAACGUAGACCUCUCACUAGUCUCUAACGUAGACCUCUCACUAGUCUAACAUAGACCUCUCACUAGUCUCUAACGUAGACCUCUCACUAGUCUCUAACAUAGACCUCUCACUAGUCUAACAUAGACCUCUCACUAGUCUAACAUAGACCUCUCACUAGUCUAACAUAGACCUCUCACUAGUCUCUAACAUAGACCUCUCACUAGUCUAACAUAGACCUCUCACUAGUCUCUAACAUAGACCUCUCACUAGUCUAACAUAGACCUCUCACUAGUCUAACAUAGACCUCUCACUAGUCUAACAUAGACCUCUCACUAGUCUCUAAUGUAGACCUCUCACUAGUAUCUAAUGUAGACCUCUCACUAGUCUAACAUAGACCUCUCACUCAUCUCUAACGUAGACCUCUCACUAGUCUCUAACGUAGACCUCUCACUAGUAUCUAACGUAGGCCUCUCACUAGUCUCUAACACAGACCUCUCACUAGUCUCUAACGUAGGCCUCUCACUAGUCUCUAACACAGACCUCUCACUAGUCUCUAACGUAGACCUGUCACUAGUCUAACAUAGACCUCUCACUAGUCUAAUGUAGACCUCUCACUAGUCUAACAUAGACCUCUCACUAGUCUCUAACGUAGACCUCUCACUAGUCUCUAACGUAGACCUCUCACUAGUCUCUAACGUAGACCUGUCACUAGUCUAACAUAGACCUCUCACUAGUCUAAUGUAGACCUCUCACUAGUCUAACAUAGACCUCUCACUAGUCUCUAACGUAGACCUCUCACUAGUCUCUAACGUAGACCUCUCACUAGUCUCUAACAUAGACCUCUCACUAGUCUAACAUAGACCUCUCACUAGUCUCUAACGUAGACCUCUCACUAGUCUCUAACGUAGACCUCUCACUAGUCUCUAACGUAGACCUCUCACUAGUCUAACAUAGACCUCUCACUAGUCUCUAACGUAGACCUCUCACUAGUCUCUAACAUAGACCUCUCACUAGUCUAACAUAGACCUCUCACUAGUCUCUAAUGUAGACCUCUCACUAGUCUCUAACGUAGACCUCUCACUAGUCUCUAACGUAGACCUCUCACUAGUCUCUAAUGUAGACCUCUCACUAGUCUCUAACAUAGACCUCUCACUAGUCUCUAACAUAGAUCUCUCACUAGUCUAACAUAGACCUCUCACUAGUCUAACAUAGAUAUCUCACUAGUCUCUAACAUAGACCUCUCACUAGUCUAACAUAGACCUCUCACUAGUCUCUAACAUAGAUCUCUCACUAGUCUAACAUAGACCUCUCACUAGUCUAACAUAGAUAUCUCACUAGUCUAACAUAGACCUCUCACUAGUCUAACAUAGAUCUCUCACUAGUCUAACAUAGACCUCUCACUAGUCUAACAUAGAUAUCUCACUAGUCUCUAACAUAGAUCUCUCACUAGUCUAACAUAGACCUCUCACUAGUCUAACAUAGAUCUCUCACUAGUCUAACAUAGACCUCUCACUAGUCUAACAUAGAUAUCUCACUAGUCUCUAACAUAGACCUCUCACUAGUCUAACAUAGAUAUCUCACUAGUCUCUAACAUAGAUCUCUCACUAGUGUCUAACGUAGACCUCUCACUAGUCUCUAACGUAGACCUCUCACUAGUCUCUAACGUAGACCUCUCACUAGUCUCUAACGUAGACCUCUCACUAGUCUAACACAGACCUCUCACUAGUCUCUAGCAUAUACCUCUCACUUGUUGAAUGACCAGUCUUGAAACCUGACUGGUUUGGAUCAAGAAGGUAAUUCUGAGAGAGAUAGCAAGAGAGUUGGCUAAAGACGGCACGCUCUCCUGACCAUCAGUUCACACACACACUUUCUUAUCCUAGCCUACUCCCUGCAUUCCUCAGUUAUCGCCGUUCUCACAAUAUUCUGCACCAUGUUUAACAGUUCUCCUUCUUCUUCUUCGCCGUCCAGUCUAACUCCUACUCACAUUGCUCACAUAGACCUCUCACUAGUCUAACAUAGACCUCUCACUAGUCUAACGUAGACCUCUCACUAGUCUAACACAGACCUCUCACUAGUCUAACGUAGACCUCUCACUAGUCUCUAACACAGACCUCUCACUAGUCUAACACAGACCUCUCACUAGUCUAACGUAGACCUCUCACUAGUCUCUAACACAGACCUCUCACUAGUCUAACACAGACCUCUCACUAGUCUAACGUAGACCUCUCACUAGUCUCUAACACAGACCUCUCACUAGUCUAACAUAGACCUCUCACUAGUCUAACGUAGACCUCUCACUAGUCUCUAACGUAGACCUCUCACUAGUCUAACACAGACCUCUCACUAGUCUAACACAGACCUCUCACUAGUCUCUAACGUAGACCUCUCACUAGUCUAACACAGACCUCUCACUAGUCUAACGUAGACCUCUCACUAGUCUCUAACGUAGACCUCUCACUAGUCUAACAUAGACCUCUCACUAGUCUAACACAGACCUCUCACUAGUCUAACGUAGACCUCUCACUAGUCUCUAACGUAGACCUCUCACUAGUCUCUAACGUAGACCUCUCACUAGUCUCUAACGUAGACCUCUCACUAGUCUAACAUAGACCUCUCACUAGUCUCUAACGUAGACCUCUCACUAGUCUCUAACGUAGACCUCUCACUAGUCUCUAACGUAGACCUCUCACUAGUCUCUAACGUAGACCUCUCACUAGUCUCUAACGUAGACCUCUCACUAGUCUCUAACGUAGACCUCUCACUAGUCUCUAACGUAGACCUCUCACUAGUCUCUAACGUAGAUCUCUCACUAGUCUCUAACGUAGACCUCUCACUAGUCUAACAUAGACCUCUCACUAGUCUAACGUAGACCUCUCACUAGUCUAACAUAGACCUCUCACUAGUCUAACAUAGACCUCUCACUAGUCUAACAUAGACCUCUCACUAGUCUCUAACACAGACCUCUCACUAGUCUCUAACGUAGACCUCUCACUAGUCUCUAACACAGACCUCCUACUAGUCUCAGAAUCCUGACACUAGGCAACAGCAGGGAAUAUGGUCUGGUUCCUCUUCACAAAUCACGAGGCAGACAUGCCAGAACAUCGUGAUAGGAAAGUUUGCAGGCAAAACCUUUGCAGUAGUUUUAGUGAAGGUAGUCGAUACAAACUAGCCACUUUCGAAAUACACUCAUUAAAAAUAACCUCUGUAAUCUCUAUCUUGCUAGCUACUAUUUUGUGUUUGGGGGACGUCGGCAAAAAGAGGAUAAGGCAGUGACGUACUUCCUCUAUGCCAAAAUGACGUUCUGUUACGUACAGACGUGUUAAGCCGGAACAUUGGAACAUUGUGGGAGGCAACCCGGAUGUCUAGGGAGACUAACCUCUGACCUCUGUCCGAAGGUCCUAUUCCCUACGUGGUGACCACAGAGAUGUUCCGCCAGUCGUCGAGACCAGCAGCCUUCAUGGUGGCAGGGUCGAUCCACUGGCUGUCCAACUUCACUGUGGGACUGGUGUUCCCCUUCAUGGAGGUCAGUUCUCCCAGCAGAAAAUAAGCCAUUUUUGAUGUAUUUAAGUCUCAAUAAUGGCCAUAUCAACAAAGAGAGAUUCUGGAUAUAUUGUUCAUAGUGAAAGAAGCCAUUUUGAUGUCCAUAAGAGUCUCAGUAAUGGUUUUGGACCAUUUGUAUUUGUAUUUAUUAUGGAUCCCCAUAAAGCUGUUGUCUCUUCCUGGGGUCCAGCAAAAAUGAAGGCAUUAAUAUACAUUAUAAUACAAUUGUUAAACAUAAAAAAAACAUUUUACAACAGAUUUCACAAUACAUGAAGUGUGUGACCUCAGGCCACUGCUCUACUACAACACACAAUCCAGGUGUACGUGUGUGUAUAGUGUGUGUGUUACGUGUGUUUGUAUGCGUGUGUUUGUACCUGUGUGUGACACUUCACAGUCCUCGCUGAAUGAAUGCCAAGAGUGUGCAAAGCUGUCAUCAAGGCAAAGGGUGGCUAUUUGAAGAAUCUCAAAUAUAAAAUAUAUUUUGAUUUGUUUAACACUUUUUUGGUUACUUCAUGAUUCCAUAUGUGUUAUUUCAUAGUUUUGAUGUCUUCACUCUUAUUCUACAGUGUAGAAAAUAGUAAAAAUAAAGAAAAGCCCUUGAAUGAGUAGGUGUGUCCAAACUUUUGACUGGUACUGUAUAUAUCUAUCUCUGCCCUCCAGAGAGGCCUGGGCCCCAACAGUUUCAUCAUCUUCUGCUUCAUCUGCUUGGCGACUCUGGUCUACAUCUGGCUGGUCGUCCCGGAGACCAAGAACAAGACCUUCCUGGAGAUCAACCAGAUGUUCGCUCACAGGAACCAGGUGGAGAUACAGGUGGGAAACGCUCCGUUGAAACCAGAGACAGGAGACGGCAGGGAAGAUGACGCAUUCAAGGUCACUGCCUUCUAA